UACGGUUGCCAUAUUCACUUCCCCUUCUCACUGCUUCUCGGACACAUUCCAUUCUCUGCUAAUUCAAAACAGGAUCUGAGCUGUGUUGUAUUUGUACUGGAGGCAGAGAAACAGAGAUGAGCGGUGAAGCAAGCCAAGAAUUCCGUAUUUCUGGAGGGGAGAACAUAGACAUCUGCAAUGAAGAAGAUGGGGUCCUCCUAUUUACUGUGAAUGAAGUACAAGAGGACGCGUGGAGAGAAUCCAGGUCUAUGAAAGCAGUCAUUGUGAACACCUUUCAAGAAUUUUUAGCAGCUUUCCCUGAGAAUGACCUGGCAGAAUUUAUUAAUGAAUAUGAUCCAGAACGAAUAUGUUUCAAUAUGAAAAUAUACAGAAGCACAAGUUAUUAUGAUGGAAUUUCUGUGGCAUUUACCAUCAAAGUUAAUGGAGGAAUGUACAGCAUGUGCUGUACAGAUCAAAUGCAGAUAUGCUUCAAGAGCGGAGACAGUCCUGCUAGAAUUGAUGGAAACACAAGCAAUAUGAUUUUCUAUCAGAAAAUUUUUUGCCAAGGUGAUCCAGAUGUCUUCUCAUUUGAGUCAUCACUAAAGAAAGGCUACUACCUUGCUCUCAUUCAAGAAAACGGCAGACACAAACUGGGACUGAAGCAAAGCCAGGAUGAUGUUGAUACCUCAAGAGCUUUUGACAUUCAUAUGAAAAAUGGCUCAUAAUUUUUAACAGUUGCGAUCCUCCUGCUAAGAAUAUAGACCUUUAAGGAUUUAAUGGGCCUUGAUUUUUGAAAGAAAGGCAAAGUAAUUGCCUAAAUUUCCAAGCAUUCCUAGUAAAUUACCCAACAUGCCUUAUGUUUGCCACCCUAUGCAUUACACCUGAGAAAUGAGGCAUACAGCACUUGUUGGCAUAUAGGAUGGGAGGUAAAAGAUGGCUUUGGUUGUGUAGCAGAAUUGUUCUAAAGGCAUUACACUUAACCCACUGGUAUUGUACGUUAUGCUUAAGGUUAUAGGGCUGUGUAGAAAUACAGCAGAAUGUCUAGGUAAGCUGUCAAUUUGCACAAGUUUAAUUGGGAUAUUACUAUUCAAAUUCCUUGAACACUGCAUCUCAUUCAUAAAUGAUUCCCAGCAUCUCUAGCGUUAAUGGAACUAUAGGGCAUUUCAUCUAUUGCAGAAGUACAGUUUCCAGCACCCCCUAUACCAGAUAAACUGAUAUGUAGAAAAACCAUCCAAGUGACAUUUUUGCAAUGCUGACUAACCCUGACCUUGGAAGUAAUGUAACGGCUGUGCAAUCUAGCAUUUCAUAGUAAACAAGGAAAUGUUGGUCAUUUUAAUUUACCAAAACCUUAUUAUAGAACAAGACCCUGAGACAAGGUUCUCAGCAUAACUGAUUCUUUAUUCAUUAAUCAAAGACAGAGUCUUGUGAGAACUUUCAGCAAACAGAACAAUAACUGAAAUGUGUCACAAACUGCUUCCAUUGAGACCCUGAAAGUCUCAGCCUUUUAUAGAUGAUAGCAUACCUUAUCUCAGAAGUAUAUAACACCCCUUUUACAACUUUCCAUGUACUCUGUGGUUAUAGCUGUGCAAACAGAAAAGUGCAUGUAGAGGCUUAGCUAGUCAGCAACUAUUAUGUCAGGCCCUUGUGAUUUUAUAAAAUGGCAUAUUAGACUUAUAUUUUAUACUUCACAUAUAUAGCAUAUUUGUAUACUUCAAUCUCCUACCCCACCUGCCUUGGGUUGUCUUAUAGGGGACAUUGUGGGAUUUUAUUUGUCCCUUUAUACAGAAACAUUUAAUUUAUUGGUCGCACUGCACUACACCAGUACAGGUUAUAGAAACAACUUUAAAAACCUCUGUAUUGUGUGGUGAAUGAUACAAAAACACUAUAAUAAGACCAUGACUUUAAUUAUCAUGUGGACCCAGGCCUUCCAGAAACUACCAAUCCUACAGAUCAAUAUUCUUUAAAAUGUGUUUAUAGUGAUUAAAUGUCUAAUAAUUCCAAUGGAUACCCAUCACUGUUAGUUAGCACUGCCCCCCCCCCCAGCCAAUGGCAGAAGGGACAUGCAUAACCAUGGUCUUAGCAUUUCUCCAACUCUCUCCUGUUUUGUAAUACAAUACCCCAUUUCCACCCUCCCAGCUGUGAGCUUUCUUUGCUGUGAUGGUGGGUGGGAUACCAGUGGAGCCCUAGGCAACCCAGCCAGCUAUCUUGCCUUCCACCUUGCAUGUGUGGUGAUCAUGCAGGAGGGUACGUGACAAGCAAGUGAUGGGGGCACAGGAUCGGACUACGGAAUGUAGGCAGAAGGGGUAUGUUCUUAACGCCCCUGCCCCUUCACUUUUCACCAUAGGCACAUGCCCCUUCUCUGGGAAGCACAACCCUUAUCUAUGCUUCGAUUAUCAGUGGUGCAGCAGUAUUGCCACAUUAACACUACACACUUGGUUAGACCAAGAAUUAACAGCACUCACCACUUCUUGCUGGUGCAAUCUUUUGCUUAUUGAGACAGUUAUGCCACAUAGAACAACAUAUCACCUGAUGAAGGGAGGUGUAGCCCCGCCCAAAAAACAUUGCUCUGUGUGGCAUAACUGGCUCAAUAAACAAAGGAUUGCAACAGCAAGAAGUGGUGAAUGCUGUUACUUCUUUCUCUUCUGCCUACACCCAGUUCUGGCCCUGUGUGAUACAAUAUGCUCCAAUGACAUGGGGAGCUAUUAGAUGUCAGGCCAAACUACUCCUGUCUGCUUAAUGCUGGCUAUGCAUUAAGUGAUGUAAAAAAACAUACAAUAUACUGUACUUAAAUAGGUAGUUCAAUUAACUUUGCUUGUGAUGUAUACUUUCAGUGCCUCUACAUUUCCCUCAGACAUUAUGGUAGAUUAAAUGCAAACAUCUGUAAUCACUCAACCAUGCUAGGUUUUAAAUAAGGGACCACGUCCCUGCUAUAUUUGUUCUGCCAAAGGCACAGAGAUAUAAUUAUUGGCCUUAAUAGAGAAGGAAAGGUAAAACUAAGUAAGCGUUAUCAGAAAGGUCUAUGUAAAUACAGCCAAAAACACUUACAGAACUGCUGCUCUGAGUCCUCAGUGAGAAGAAACACCACAUUUCUCUGCUUUUACUCUGUAUACAUGAUCUUCUGUGUCAGACUUCCUUCUCUCUGAAAAAUCCUUCAGGGCACAGCAAGAGUUUGGUCAGUUUGCUCCUCUCUCCCCCUCCCAUCUCUGCUGUGUAAUAUGAGCUGAGAGCUGUUCAGUGCCUGCAAGCUGCGUCUGUAAGUUAAGUCAGACCAAGCAGCUGCUAUCCUAAACCAACAGAGGGAGCUUCAAUGGCUGUUUACUCAAAUAUGGUAAAGCAUUCUGCAGAAUAAAUAUGUAGCGUUCUAGCUUGCACUAUUGUGUUUAAUCUAUUGGCAAGAAAAUGUCAAAAUGCCUUUCCUUCUCCUUUAAAAAGUUACAACUGUUCCUUUUUUUUUUUUUGCUAUUUUUAUUAAACGUUAUGCUAUCACCUUCAUUUCUAUCUUUAUGAUGCUUUCCUACUGCUGCUUCCUCUUUUUACUCAACUGCUCCUAGAUAAACUACCACUCCCAUUUAAAAUAACCAGUCAGGCAGAACAGUAACCCAUAUGCAUUGCAGUACAGAGAGCUUGGGUUUGAUUCCAACCAGGGAAAUAAAUGUAGGUUAACUGGCCACUGAUGCAACUGACCAUAGUGUGUUGUAGCAAAAACUAACUGUAAGGUCCACUGGGUCAGAGACUGAUAAAGAAUAAUUGUCAAAUGUCACAUAAAUAUAAAAUACUCCUCUCCCAUGAAUUACCUGCCCUAGUCUCCUUCUGCCCCCCACAGCAUGCUUUUAUGAACAUGUCAAAGAAAUGUGCCUUGAGAAAGUUCUGGAAAUUGUUUCUGUACAUUGGGUGUAGUGUCAUACCAGUGGGUCCACUGGGGUGCAGAUGAUAUUUGGCAGUACUAUUGGACACCACAGGGGCACUGCAAUCAGUGACAAUCAUCGGAUGUGAGCAAUGUGGUGAGGCCUACUUAGAUAUAUUGCCAUGGCAUUUUAUACAUAAUCAUUCAAGAUACUAAAUUGGGAAUAUAUAAAAAAAAACAUUAUUGCCUUGUUGAAGACUGGAAUGGAUAUAUCCUCCUGUGAUGCUAGAAGAAUAUUAUAUAUCAAACUAUGGCUAUUCUUUACCCUGGUUGGCAAUGACACAGAGGGGCUGCCUUUAUAGCAACUGAUAUGCCUGUAUUGCACAAUGGCAUGAAAUACUUCCAUUGUCCUUGUUUUUCAUAAUGGUGUGUAUAUUGGUAAUAAAUUCAUAAUUAUGUGGUGA